CUGGGAAGCAGGGUUGACUGCGCUCUCACAUCAUUUCUGAAAUCGAAGUCACUUACUUACUUUGAGGAUAAUUCUGUGAUGGAUAGGAACAAGAAUUACAACAAGAAGAAGCAGCAGCACAAAGCAGCUGGUAUUAGUCAAUUUCAAUGGAGACCCGUCUCUGUCUCUUCUUCUUCUUCUUCUAAUAUUGGAGAAUCCCUGGUCAAAGAUGUUGCAAAUGAGUCAGAAGAUGGCAAUCAUGUUCAAGAAGUGAUAAAGGUUGCUCAAGUGGUGGCUGAUAAUUCUGACUCAACCAUCAGAUCUUGUGUGCUGGAUGAUUGUGUUGAGCCCGUGCUUUCUGCUGAGAAGCAUUCACUUUCGCUUCAGGUGGAUGCUUCUCUGAUUCAUUUCAUUAAAGGAAAAGUAGGAUCUGCUCAAAAAAGGAUUGAAGAGGAGAUGGCUGUUAAGAUUGUUUUUCAAUCGUCAAAGAAUGAAGAAUCAAUUGUCAUUGAAGGCAUUUCAACUGAUUUUGUGACAAGAGCUUCAGAAAAGAUACAAGCUAUUAUUGAUGAGGCAAUUGAAACAGAUCUCGACUACUCUCACUUUGUAUCGCUUCCAUUGGGAAUAUACCCUGAAUUGGUUGAUAAGCUAGUUGAUUUUCAGAACUCCAUACUGGGAAUUAAUUAUGUUUCUGUAGAUGCAAACGUGGAAAGUGAUUAUAAUGAAGACACUUCAGACAUCAAAAAUAAGGGUCAAGUACUAAUUGAAGGAGAUGGUGUAGCUGUUGAACUUAAAGCUGAAGAUGAUAAUCAGGUUAAAGUGGGUUUAACUAGCAUACCUUUUGUUAGUUAUCCUCCUAAACCACGAAGGUUGCCUAAUGCUUCUGACUUUGGAAUAGACAAAACCAUAUUCAUUAGACCUACAACAUUUCACUUGACUGUACUCAUGUUGAAGUUGUGGAACAAGGAGCGAGUCAAUGCAGCUUCAGAUGUUCUGAAGAGUAUCUCAUCAAAAGUGAUUGAUGCCUUGGAUAAUCGACCGGUCUCCAUCAGGCUUAAAGGGCUGGAUACCAUGAGAGGGUCUUUGUCCAGAGCUCGUGUUCUAUAUGCUCCUGUUGAAGAAAUUGGGAGUGAAGACCGACUUUUACUUGCAUGUCAAGUCAUCAUUGAUGCAUUUGUUGAGGCUGGACUUGUUAUGGAGAAAGAUGCUAAGCAUAAGUUAAAGUUGCAUGCCACAGUGAUGAACGCAAGGAACAGGAAAGGGAAGAGACAAAGCAAGAAUGAUUCCUUUGAUGCAAGGGGCAUAUUCAAGCAGUUCGGAUCAGAGGAUUGGGGAGAGUAUGUUAUCCCCGAAGCUCAUCUUUCAAAGCGCUUUGUGUAUGAUGAUAACGGAUAUUACUAUUGCUGUGCUUCGAUACCUUUUCCAGGGAAAGAAGCUUGCAAGUGUAGACUGAUCGACGCACAUAGCUAAACUACCUUUUGGUGGGGAAUAGUUGAAGUAUUAACUGCUGAAAAUCGUCAAAAAUUUGGGUUGCUUUUAUAGUAUUUUAAAGAUUUCAGCUUUUAGAACUACAGCAGGAGUAAGUAUUUCAUUGCAUCGGAUAUACAAACAUUAUGCUUAUCAUUGUACGAGGAUCAGUAAUGUUAAAGAUGUUGUGUUUUUUAUUCUUCUUUUCCUUGACAAAGUGGAGGUCUGAAUUCAAGACUUGUUGAGGCUUCGAAAAUAGUAAUAUCUCAUUGGCAUAAAAUUGCCAUUUUGAGGACGUUUGUUCCUUGAAAUCUCA